UCCCGAAACCCUAAUCAGCAGAGUGAGGCACAGAGCAUUUUUAGAGAGAGAAAGAAGACAGAACAUUUCUUCUCUACGGCAGCCUCCACUCGUUUGCUUCAAUCAUGAAGUUCAACAUCGCGAAUCCCACCACAGGAUGCCAGAAAAAGCUUGAAAUUGACGAUGACCAAAAACUUCGCAUAUUUUGGGACAAGAGGAUCUCACAGGAAGUCAGUGGCGAUGCCCUUGGCGAUGAGUUCAAGGGGUAUGUGUUCAAGAUAAUGGGUGGAUGUGACAAGCAGGGUUUUCCCAUGAAACAGGGAGUUUUGACUCCUGGGCGUGUCCGUCUCUUGCUUCAUAGAGGCACCCCAUGCUUCCGUGGUUAUGGGAGGAGAAAUGGCGAGCGUAGGAGGAAGUCUGUUCGUGGAUGUAUUGUUAGCCCCGACCUCUCUGUCCUGAACUUGGUCAUUGUCAAGAAGGGUGAAAAUGACCUGCCUGGACUCACUGAUAUUGAGAAGCCAAGGAUGAGAGGUCCAAAGAGGGCUUCGAAAAUCAGAAAGCUCUUCAAUCUGUCAAAAGAAGAUGAUGUCAGAAAGUAUGUCAAUACAUACAGGAGGACUUUCACAACAAAGGCUGGUAAAAAGGUUAGCAAAGCUCCCAAGAUUCAGAGGUUGGUUACCCCAUUGACACUCCAGAGAAAGAGAGCAAGAAUUGCUCAGAAGAAGAAGAGAAUUGCAAAGGCUAAGUCUGAAGCAGCUGAGUAUCAGAAGCUUCUUGCUACCAGGCUGAAGGAGCAGCGUGAAAGAAGAAGUGAGAGUUUGGCUAAGAAGAGGUCAAGGCUAUCUGCAGCCUCGAAACCCUCUAUUGCUGCUUAAGUUAUGAGGAUGCGGUCCUCAUUUUUUGGCUAUGAUGCUUUCUAUAUUCCUUGAGUUACUAUCUGGCAAAUGUUUGGAGAAUUUUGACUGCAAUUUAGGUGUGUAGUAUGAUUGACUUUGGAUUUAUGUUUUAAAGAUUUUCGGGUUCCGGACAGAGUUUUUAUUGGGUUUGACGAUUUAGUUAAUUAUAAUUACAACUUCGUUUAUUCAA